AUGGCUUCAUCAGAGGAAGAAUGGAACGAUCCAUUUGCUGCUUUGAACGAACCUUUUGCUGGGUUGAACAAGAUGGACUUUGAACUACAUGGUAUUUACAUGGACCAUGAACCAGAGAAUGAGUUCGUGAGCACACUAGAUAAGUGUAAGGAUAAUUUCUUGAAUGUAUUACUUAAUGAUGCUAAUCUUCGUAAUGCAAGGUCUACUUGCAAGGUUAGUGUCAUCAACAACCCUGAUGGAAAGAGCUAUUUCCACAUAUUUUAUACACGUUUUAAGGCUUUAACUAGUGGAUGUAGAAAAGUGAUUGGUUUAGAUGGAUGCUUCUUGAAAGGUGAGGUGAAAGCUUGGGCUGUUGUAGAUGUGGAGAAUAAACCUAAUUGGACUUGGUUUUUGGAGCUUAUACAUGAUGAUCUAAUGUUGGAUGGUGGUAGAGGGCUGGUUAUCAUAUCAGAUCAACAUAAGUGCUUACUGGAAGCUGUGAAAGACAUUUUGCUACAUGUGGAGCACAAACAAUGUGCUAGACACAUCUAUGCAAACUUCAAGAAGGCUUACACCGGAUUAGAAUUCAAAAGAAUUUUCUGGGCUUCAGCAAUGAGUUGUGUAGAAGGAGACUUCAAGAAACAUAUGGGUGAAAUAAAGAAGCUUAAUCCUAGUGCAUAUGAGUAUUUGAUGUCCAAACAGCCUAGAACUUGGUGUAGAGCUUUCUUUACUCCAGGGUUUGCAUGUGAAGCAGUUGAGAAUGGAAUCUCAGAAUGCUUUAACUCCAUCUUAAUAGAAGCUAGGAAAAAGCCUUUGAUAACAAUGCUUGAGGAGAUAAGAAUAUACAUAAUCGAUAGGUUUUUUCACAUAACUGAUAAGUGUAACAAAUGGAUGUCCAAUGUGUGCCCAGAUGUGUUGAAAAAAAUGAACCUUUUUGGGAAGUAUAUGAGGUUUUGGAUGGUUAUUCAUAGCCAAGGUUCAGUGUUUGAAGCUAGGUUCAAUUAUGAAAGUUUCAAGGUAGACUUGGAGGCCAGGACUUGCACAUGCAGGCUUUGGGAUCUUUUUGGAAUCCCUUGUGUUCAUGCAAAUGCUGCCAUUAACUAUAUCCAUAAGACAGCUGAUGGAUAUAUUAAUGAAUGCUUCUCAAAAGACAGGUUUAUUGAAUGUUACAAAAGUAACAUAAUGCCUGUCAAUGGGAGCAAUUUAUGGGAGCAAACUCCCUUCUAA